AUGGAUUCGUCAGCUGCGGAAUCGUCGCACGAGCCUUCUGCGACCGAUGCCCCACCAACAGAUGCAACAACUUUGGUACAGGCAACACCUGUACCGGAUUCGGCUUCAUCAGAUACGCCUGCACCAGAUACGCCUGCACCAGAUACGCCUGCACCAGAGCAUGCGGAGCCUGUAACGGUACAGUCUGACCAAUCGCUGGCUGCAGCAGACGGUACACCAGUGACGUCAGACGCGCCCGUAUCCUCGUCAGCAGGAGACGCAAGCGGUCCCAUUUCUGCUAGCUCCGACGUUCAGCCGGCUCCUUCUGACAUGGCUCCGUCAGUUGAGUCCCACGGUGAUCCUGCCACGUCGUCUGGCCCUGCUGCAGCCGCCACGUCAACUGAGUCUGCGCGUGAUCCUGCCACGUCAUCCGGGCCUACUGCAACGAGUAGCCGCAGCGAAGGCGGAUCGGAAGGGAGGGGAAGCAAGGCAAGCGGGGAAAGUGGCGGAGCGGAGAGAGGGGGGAGGGGGAGAGGUAGGGAACCUACCAGGACGGGCAGCAGCAGCAGCAGCGGCAGGUCCGCGAAGCCAGCCACUGACGCGGCAAGGCGGUACACCAGUGAGGCAUCUGCUCCGCCACCCUCGCUACUGGAGCAGGCGCAGGCGUUACCCGGUUACUCGCUCUUCUCCAAGGGCCUCCAGUCGCUUCGCUCGUCGCUCGCCAGCCCUUCGCCUGACUCUUCUCCAAGCCCUGCGACAGGGAGCGCAGGUGGAGUUGGGGGAGCGGCAGCAGGACGAGGACGAGGAGCGGCGGGAGGGGGAGGGAGCGGAGAAAGGAGCAAAGGCGGCGUAGGUGGGAGAGGAAGCACGCCUGGUGCUACAACUGGUCCAGGAGGAGCAGCUGAAGCCGCAGCAGGAGGAAAAGGAGCAGCAGCAGGAGGAAGAGCUGGGGCAGCAGCAGCAGGGGGAGGAGGGGGAGGGGUUCCAGUGGUCCGCAGCGCAUCAGGGGGAGCAGCAGGGCUGGGCGGGCUGGUGGGGGGAGCGGCAGUGGACAGCGCAGCAGUGCGCGAGUCCGCCAAGGAGGUGCUCAAGAGCGCGGAGAAGCUGCAGGAGAACGCGCGCGCUGCCCUGGGGUCGUUCUUCACGUCGCUCUCUGAGAAGGGCACGGGCACGCCUGGGGGGAGUGGCACUGGCAGUGCGAGCGGUGGGAGUGGGAGUGGCAGGCAGGCGGCAGCAGAGGCAGCGGCGGCGGCAGCAGGGGCAGCAGCUGCUGGGAUGCAGCAGCUGUGGCAGUCGUUCUCGGUCUCGUCUGCUCCUGCUCCGGCUGUUGCUGUUCCUGGUGCGGGGAGGGGCAAGGGGAGAGGGAGGGCUGGUGAUGGAGGAGGGAGAGGUGAGAGGCAGGGAGGGGCAAGUGGGGUUGGUGCGGGUGCAGAGGGAACCGGAAAGGGGGAUGCUGGGGCGGGAGGAGGGAAGGGAGAAGGCAAGGCAGACGGGCAGGCAGAAGGGAAGGGAGAAGGGAAGGUGGCGGCAACAGUGAUGGCCGGGGGCAGUGACGCAGGAGAGGGUGCAAAGGGAGGAGGAGCAAAGGAGGGGGAAGGAGAGAACGGGGCAGGGACAGAAACAGGGAAGGAAGGGCAAACGGCAGGAGAUGCAGAAUCGAAGGAAGUGGAGGGGGAGAAGGAGAAGGAGGGGGAGGAGAAGGAGGAAGGGGCGUUUGGGAAGGAAGGGGUGACUGAGAAGGCGGAGAAGGCGGGGGAGGAAGGGGAGGAGGGCGGGGAGGGGGAUGUUGACGGGGGGGAUGACUUGGUGGCGGAGAUUUUGGAGUGGGCGGCGACUGCAGGGGAGGACGCGGAUGAAGACACAGAGGCGGCGUUUGCUGCUGUCAUGGAUGCCCUGGGUAGUGAGGGCGAGGAGGAGGAGGACGGAGAGGAGGGCAAGGGUGGUAGUGGCAGUGGUGGUGAUGCUGGUGCUGGUGGUGAUGCUGGUGAUGAUGCUGGCGGUGAGGUAGGAACAGAGGCAGGGACUGAGGAAGGAGGAGGAGGAGGCGGCGUUAGGCUGAGCUCUGCUGACAAGGGGAAAGCGAUCGCCACAGAAGAGGAUGAAUCGGCAGAGGCAAAAACACAGGCAGACAAAGAGGCGGAGAAACAUGCAGAGGCAAAGAAGCAAGCAGAAGCAGAGGCUCAAGCGCAGAAGCAGGCUCAGUUAAAGGCUGAGAAGCUGGCUAAGGCACAGGCGACAGCACGUGCACAGGCGCAGGCACAGGAGCAAGCAGCAGCCGCAGGAGCAGCAGCAGCAGCGGCAGCAGCAGCAGCAGCCGCGACUGCAAGCCAAGCCCUGGGGUCUUUCACUAAGGGUUUCAUGGAGGGUACAAGGGGGUGGGUGGAGGAGAGUAGGAAGGGUUUAUUAGAUGGGACUAAGGGCUUAGUUGAAGGGACUAAGGAGCUUGUAGGUGAAGGUACCAAGGGGUUUGUGAUUGGGACGCGAGGGCUUAUGGAGGCGACUAAAGAGUUGGUGGAGGAAGGGAGGAAGGAGAUAGUGGAAGGGACGAUGGAAUGGGUGGAAGAGGGAAAGAAAGGGAUCGAAAGUGGUACAAAGGUGUUGCAAGACGGUUCAAAGGUUAUUCAGGAUAGGACGAAGGGGCUUGUGGAGCGGUCGCAGAGUGCGGCGAAGGCGAUUCAGACGCAGGCGAAGCACCUGGCGUCGCACAACAAGAGGCGGUUUCAGCAGGGCGGGUUUGACCUGGAUAUGACGUACAUCACUGCUGGGGUUAUCGCCAUGGGGUUUCCCGCUGGGGGCGAUGCGAAUGCCGGCAUCAUGAGUAUGGUGGAGGGUCUGUACCGCAACCAUGUGACAGACGUGCUUCACUUCCUCGAGACAUACCACAAGGUUCGCUACAUGAUCAUCAACCUGUGCUCGGAGCCUUUUGGUGGCACUGCUGCCACAGCAGGGGGAAGUUCAGAAGCAGCAGUAGCAUCAGCAUCAGCAUCAGCAUCAGCAUCAGAAGCAUCAUCAUCCACAGGAGGCAUAGCCCACGAGAGCAGCAGCAGUGUGCUUCAUGAGAACAGCCCCAUAGAGUGGAGUGAUCGCAUGUUGGUGAUUCACUCCAAGGAGGGACUGGGCCGCACAGGCCUCAUGACCUCAUCUCUGCUGCUCUUCCUCAACUACUAUGCAACAGCAGACGAGGCGAUAAACUAUUUCAACGCCAAGCGAUGCACCGAUGGGAAGGCUCUUGUGCUGCCCAGCCAAAAGCGUUAUGUGAAGUACUUUGAAGAGGUUCUAAGGGUCAGGCACGGAAUCAUCCCUCCACCCCGCAAGUGUCACAUCCGUGGCCUUCGCAUUCAUCGCUGCCCCUACUGGGUGCGACCUGCCAUUGUCGUCUCCGACCAAUCAGGUGGUCUAUUCAACUCCCGCAAGCAUCCAAAGACUAAGGACUUCAUGCCGGAGGACAUGUGGCACCAGUCGACACAGAGGGAGGGCGUGGUGGUAUUUGCCCUGCCUGGCGAGCGCGGCCUGGCCCCCGUGGAGGGCGACUUCUGCCUCAAGUUCAUCGACCGCAACGGGGACUUUUACUGGGAAUCAGUGAAAAACAAACGAGGGGUUUCUGCCCUGCCUGGCGAGCGGGGCCUGGCCCCCGUGGAGGGCGACUUCUGCCUCAAGUUCAUCGACCGCAACGGGGACUUUUACUGGGAAUCAGUGAAAAACAAACGAGGGGUUUCUGCCCUGCCUGGCGAGCGGGGCCUGGCCCCCGUGGAGGGCGACUUCUGCCUCAAGUUCAUCGACCGCAACGGGGACUUUUACUGGGAAUCAGUGAAAAACAAACGAGGGGUUUCUGCCCUGCCUGGCGAGCACGGCCUGGCCCCCGUGGAGGGCGACUUCUGCCUCAAGUUCAUCGACCGCAACGGGGAUUUCUACUGCUGGCUCAACACAGGCAUGAUGCCCAACCGCCUUGUCAUUCCGUGUGAAGAAUUCGACAACUUUGACAAGCGCCGUCUCCCCUCGCCCGGGCUGCAAGUGGAGGUGAUUCUGCUCGACCACGAUGCUCCGCUGCCGCAACCCAAGAAGAAAGCCCCCUCUGUGCCUGCUACUGCUGCCACCUCGGCAGCUGCUAGCUCAUAUGCAGCAGGGAAGGGAGGAGCGACAGAUGCCAAGGGGAAAGGCCUGGCUACAGCUGCAAGUGCUGCGCCUGCUGCGACCAAGGGUGAGUGCGAUGAGGCGAGUGCUGGACUGUGCCUGCCCGCUACUGCUGCUGCCACCUCGGCGGCUGCUAGUUCAUCUGCAGCUAGGACGCGGGGAGCGACAGCCACACUUGUCUUAUAG